AGCGCGCGGUUGCUAAUGGCCGCUAUCCUCUCCGUGUGCGUGAUCCCCACUUCCUGAACUUGGGAGCCGACCGACCGAGGGAGGGAGAGAGAAGGUGGGGGGGGGGGAGUCGAGUGAAGGAGGGAUCAGGUUCCGUGGGAUGGGGGGAGGAGGAGGAGAGCAGCUGGAUGGUCGCACAAGAGGGUCCGUGCAGACGGCGAAGGGAUGCUGAGAGCGCCCGGUCCCCCAUUAUAACAAUGCGUGUGUUUUUCCUCUGCUCUCCCUCUCUGUGGCAUUGAAGGAAGACCUGAGGUAGCAAGAUGCCUUUCGAGAGAUUCUGCCUGGCAGCCCAGGCUCGGUUCGAUUCAAAGUGGCUGAAGACGGAUUUGCAGCUUGCUUUCACUCGAGAUGGACUCUGUGGACUUUGGAAUGAAAUGGUCAAGGAUGGUGAAAUUGUUUAUACUGGUCCUGAAACGAUGCAAAAUCUCAAUGACUCACAAGCAUCAAAAGAGGAUAGUAAUGAAUUUCAAGCUGGCUCAAAGAAGGAUGACCAAAAUGACAAAGAGAAAAAAGAAGAGGAGGAGGCACCGACAUCUAUAUAUCGAGCCAAGUCGAUCAUUGAGUCAUGGGUUUGGGGCAGGCAACCAGAUGUUAGUGAGUUGAAAGAAUGCCUACAUGUACUUGUGAAGGAACAACAGACAGUUGCUGCACAAGCAGCAGCCACGACUCUCUCUGGGAUAAGACUGAAGCAGAGAUUGGCAGUCCUGGAGCGAUACUUCAUUGCACUGAGUAGAAAUGUACUCCUGGAACAUACGAACGUUAAAUGGAAGAGCAUGAGUGUUCCUGUGGCUGUUUCUGACAAGAAAAGUUCCCGACCCGUUGGGAAAGGUGUAGAAGGUCUUGCUAGAGUUGGAUCUAGAGCAGCACUUUCAUUCGCCUUUGCAUUCCUCCGCAGAGCUUGGAGAUCGGGUGAAGAUGCAGACUUGUGCAGUGAAUUACUGCAGGAAUCUCUUGAUGCACUUCGUUCUCUCCCAGAAGCAUCAUUGUUUGAUGAAGGCACAGUAUCCAGUGUAUGGCUUGAAGUUGUGGAGAGAGCAACAAAAUUUCUCAGGUCUGUUGUUACAGGUGACCUUCAUGGAGCACCAAGCUCGAAGGGGCCAGGAAACAUUCCGCUUCAAGAUCAGCACUUGGCUCUUGCAAUACUUCUAGAACUGGCUGUGCAGAGAGGAACGUUAAGCCAAAUGCUGUCUGCCGUUUUACUACUGCUGCAGAUCUGGGAAAAUGGAACCAGAGAAACUGAUAAUGAAAGAUCAUCACAAGGAACCAGUGCACCACUUUUACCUCUUCUCCAGAGAUUCCAGAGCAUACAGUGCAGUAAAGAUUUGCCAACUGCAGAUGAAGAGAUAUUAGGAAAUCCCUUAAGUCCAAAUGAAUGCUUUUUGAGAUACCUUGCUUUACCCCAAGAUAAUGAUUUAGCCAUAGAUCUACGACAGACAGCAGUUGUGAUUAUGGCUCAUCUGGACCGUUUGGCAACUCCCUGCAUGCCACCGCAGUGUAGCUCUCCACCAUCUCAAAAGGGCUCUUUGCAAGAAGUGUUGGCCUGGGGGCUGCUUGGUUGGAGAAGCCAGACAACAGUGAUUUGCCCCAUUCAGUGUGAAGGAAUUGCAAAUCUUGGAGUUACGCAAAUAAGCUGUGCUGAGAAAUGUUUUAUUAUUCUGUCAAGGAAUGGAAGGGUUUACAUGCAGGCAUACAGCAGUGACACACUGGCACCUCAGUUGGUGCAAGGUCUUGCCUCCAGGAACAUUGUAAAAAUUGCUGCGCAUCCUGAUGGUCAACAUUUUCUGGCUUUGUCUGCUGCUGGGGAGGUGUUCUCUUGGGGCUGUGGUGAUGGUGGAAGACUUGGACAUGGAGACACUGUAUCUCUUGAAGAACCAAAAAUGUUGGCUUCUUUAUCAGGGAAGCAAGUAGGAAAGCAUGUUGUUCAUGUGGCUUGUGGAAGCACAUACAGUGCAGCUAUAACUUCAGAGGGAGAACUAUAUACAUGGGGCAGAGGAAACUAUGGCCGGCUUGGGCAUGGGUCCAGUGAAGAUCAGACUACACCCAUACUUGUGGCUGGGUUAAAAGGACUAAAGAUUGUUGAUGUUGCAUGUGGUAGUGGUGAUGCCCAGACAUUAGCAGUGGCUGAUAAUGGUCAAGUAUGGUCCUGGGGAGAUGGGGACUACGGAAAAUUAGGCAGAGGCGGCAGUGAUGGUUGUAAAACCCCCAAGUUGAUUGAAAAGCUUCAGGAUCUUGAUAUCAUCAAAGUGCGCUGUGGCAGCCAGUUUUCAGUUGCUAUCACAAAGGAUGGACAGGUUUACACUUGGGGAAAAGGUGAUACCCAAAGACUUGGACAUGGCACUGAAGAGCAUGUGCGAUAUCCCAAAUUAUUGGAGUGUCUUCAGGGUAAAAAAGUAAUUGAUGUGGCUGUUGGAUCCACACAUUGCAUGGUACUGACGGAAGAUGGUGAAGUGCAUAGCUGGGGUAGUAAUGAUCAAUGUCAACAUUUUGAUACUCUGAGGAUAACAAAACCAGAACCAGCUGCUCUACCUGGGUUAGAUACAAAACAUAUCGUUGGUAUUGCUUGUGGGGCAGCUCAGAGUUUUGCUUGGUCCUCAUGUUCAGAAUGGUCAAUUGGCCUUCGUGUGCCCUUUGUUGUGGAUGUUUGCCAGAUGACAUUUGAACAAUUGGACUUGCUGUUGCGACAAGUAAGUGAAGGCAUGGAUGGUAGCUCGGACUGGCCCCCACCACAGGAGAAAGAAUGCAUGGCUGUCGCAACGCUCAAUCUACUGAGACUUCAGCUUCAUGCUGCUAUUAGCCAUCAAGUUGACCCAGAAUGCCUUGGUUUGGGCAUAGGCAGUGUUUUGUUGAAUAGCUUGAAGCAGACUGUGGUGACUCUUGCUAGCAAUGCUGGGGUUCUGAAUACAGUACAAUCGUCUGCACAGGCUGUGUUGCAGAGUGGCUGGUCUGUUCUGCUCCCUACAGCAGAAGAAAGAGCCAGAGCACUUUCAGCAUUGCUACCUAAUGCAGUUUCAGGUAAUGAAAUGAAUGUAAGUCCUGGUCGUCGAUUUAUGAUUGACCUUUUGGUGAGCAGUCUGAUGGCUGAUGGUGGCUUGGAGUCGGCACUCAAUGCUGCGAUUACAGCUGAAAUACAGGACAUAGAAGCGAAGAAAGAAGCUCAAAAAGAGAAGGAAAUAGAUGAACAGGAAGCCAAUGCUUCAACACUCCAUCGAAAUAGAACACCACUGGAUAAAGAUCUCAUCAAUACAGGCAUAUAUGAAUCUUCUGGGAAACAAAGCUUGCCCCUUGUUCAACUUGUACAGCAAUUAUUGAGAAAUAUUGCAUCGCAGAGCAUAGCAAAACUGAAAGACGUCACUCGUCAUAUUUCUUCUUAUUUGGACCUUGAGUACUUCAAUCGAGAGAGAUCAGCUUCUUUGGAUCUGUUGCUACGAUUUCAGCGUCUUUUAAUCAGCAAACUUUACCAAGGUGUAAAUUUCAAUUACGAGACCAGUGGAUACAGCCCUGAGCUGCUAGGAGUGGGAUCACUGCUUAAAAAGUAUAUUGCACUUCUUUGUACACAUAUAGGGGAUAUUUUGCCAGUGGCAACCAGUAUUGCGUCAACCAGUUACAGACAUUUUGCGGAAGUGUCUCGUAUUCUUGAAGGAGACUUGACAGGAGUGCUGCUUCCUGAGUUGGUGGUUUGUGUCAUAUUGCUGCUUACUAAGAAUGCCGGACUGAUGCAGGAGGCUGGGGCCAUUCCUCUGUUGGCUGCUUUGUUGGAACAUUUGGACAGAUUUAACCAAUUGGCACCUGGCAAAGAGAAGGAUGAUAAUGAUGAUUUAGCGUGGCCUGGAAUAAUGGGUUCAUUCUUCACAAAUCAGAACUCGCGAAAUAAUGAAGAGGUUACUCUAAUUAGGAAAGCUGACCUUGAGAAUCAUAAUAAAGAUGGUGGCUUUUGGACUGUAAUUGAUGCAAAGGUUUAUGACAUCAAAGAUUUCCAGGCACAAUCAUUGAGUGGGAGCAGCAUACUUGCUCAGUUUGCUGGAGAAGACCCAGUGGUUGCAUUGGAAGCUGCCCUCCAGUUUGAAGAUACUCGAGAAUCAAUGCAAGCAUUUUGUGUUGGCCAGUAUGUGGAGCCAGAUCAGGAAGUGGUCACCACACCAGACCUUGGCAGUUUAUCUUCACCUCUAAUAGACACAGAAAGGAACCUUGGUCUUCUCCUAGGAUUACAUGCAUCAUAUUUGGGAAUGAGUACUCCUUUGUCAUCUCUGGAAGUUGAAUGUGCCAAAUGGCUUCAGUCUUCCCUUUUCUCCGGUGGCUUGCAGACAAGUCAGAUUCAUUACAGUUACAAUGAGGAAAAAGAUGAGGACCAUUGUAGUGCCACCACCACACCAGACAAGGCCAAACUAUAUGUGCGAAAUUUAACGCUGGGUGAUCACACACAGCCAUUCUUACAAGCAAUUGCUGACAAUAACAUUCAAGAUCACAAUGUUAAGGAUUUCUUGUGCCAAAUAGAGCGCUCUUGUAAGCAGUGCCACCUGACAACGCCAAUCACCUUCCCUCCUGAGCAUCCUGUAGAAGAUGUAGGGCGGUUACUCAUGUGUUGUCUUCUAAAGCACCAAGAUUUAGGCCAUGCAGCCUUGUCUGUUAUCAAUCAAAGUGCCCUAGGAGUGGAUCAGGGAAAGCUGAAAUCCUUACCCAAAUCAGUGGGAGAUGUUUGCCGGGUAGUAUAUCAGGCCAAGUGCUCCUUAAUAAAGACCCACCAAGAGCAAGGACGGUCAUAUAAAGAAGUGUGUGCACCGGUAAUCGAACGACUAAGGUUUUUGUUCAAUGAGCUGCGGCCUGCAGUCAGUAAUGACCUUUCUAUAAUGUCAAAACUAAAACUGCUAAGUUCAUCCCCUCGAUGGCGUAAAAUUACCCAGAAAAUCAUCCGUGAAAGGAGAAGGAUGAGAGUUCCAAAAAAGUCCGAAUCUGCUGAUGUGGAAGAAUCGAAGAUUGAAAACAAUGAGAGUGAUGUAGAAGAAUCCUGUGUUGUACCUCUUAAUCCUGGAGGUAUGGAUAAAAAAACCAUUCCUGUGAAGUCAAAGGACAAAUGGCAACCUCUCCUUUCAUCCGUAUCAAGUGUUCACAGAUACAAAUGGCUGAAACACAAUGUUCAGGGUUCUUUUCCACAAUCCGCAUUGAUGGCUAACAUUGUUGACUUUGCUUUGAAAGAAGAGCCAAUAGAUGUGGAGAAAAUGAGGAAAUGUCUUCUAAAACAAUUGGAGAGAGCUGAAGUUCGUUUGGAGGGAAUAGACACGAUGCUUAAACUGGUUUCAAAAAGUUUUUUGCUUCCGUCGGUGCAAUAUGGCAUAUUGUGUGGUUGGCAAAGACUCAUCCCCGAGGGGAUAAAUAUUGGUGAACCUGUUUCAGACUGCUUGAAAGAUGUGGAUCGCAUUCCGCCAUUCAACCGUAUGCUGCUUGAGGUUACUUUCGGCAAACUUUAUGCCUGGGCUAUUCAGAACAUUCGUACCAUGUUGCUGGAUGCACAACGAAGAUUUGAUGAUCUAGGAAUGCAGUCUCUCUCUCUGCAAGCUGUUACAAAUGAGAAUCCUUCAGGACCAAGCCUUGGUACCGUUCCCCAAGCUCGCUUCUUGCUCAUCAUGAUUAAUAUGCUAACGCUUCAGCACGGAGCCAACAGUCUUGGUCUUCUGUUGAACUCUGGUUUGCUCGCAUUGACUCAAACAAUUCUACGUCUGAUAGGAACAGGACCGUCCAUAUCAAAAUUGGAAAGAAACAGAUUUAAAGGUGGGGCUGUGUUGUGCGCAUUCGGUCCUGCUUCUGACAGUGGGGAAGAUGAUAUUGGUGCUUCUCUUCAUGGAGCCUCAGCCACUGUUUUGGAGGAGUCAAGAAAGGAAACCACACCAGUUCCGCUGCCUGUCUCUGGUCCAGAGUUAGCAGCAAUGAUGAAGAUUGGCACUAGAGUCAUGAGAGGUGUAGACUGGAAAUGGGGGGAUCAGGAUGGACCUCCUCCAGGAUUAGGCCGUGUUAUUGGGGAACUGGGAGACGAUGGUUGGAUCAGGGUCCAGUGGGACACCGGGAGCACCAACUCCUACAGAAUGGGAAAAGAAGGGAAAUACGAUCUGAAGCUGGCUGAACCACCACCCACUGCGCAGCCAGCUACAGAAGACUCUGACACAGAAGAUGAUUCUGAAGUGGAACCUGUGGAAAAGAACACUCACCCAACAGUGAUGCUGUUGAUGGCAACAGUUAAUCUUCUGCAGACUUUAUCCCUUUCUGCUGGAAUUCACUCGGAUGUAGUCCCAAAUGAAGCUGUUAAAACUCUAUGUGGGCUUUUGCGGAUGCUGGUGGAGAGUGGAGCCUCAGAUAAAACAGCUCCUUCUGUAAACAAAAUGGUGUCCAGAGAGCAACACAGGAGCUGGUGUACACUGGGUUUCAUUAGAAGCAUUGCACUCACUCCUCGAAUGUGUGGUACUCUGAGUUCACCUCAAUGGAUUAGCUUGCUAACCAGGAUUGUUGAAGGACAACAGUCAUUCACUGCUGUGUCACUACAGCGACAGAUCUUAGCCCUGCGUUUGCUGCAAGCAGUUCUUCCUUCAUGGGACAGAGAUGAGCGAUCAAGAGACAUGAAGUUCCUUGUUGAAAAAUUGUUUGUGUUUUUGGGUAGUCUUCUAAGCACCUGCUCAUCUGACCUUCCACUCCUGAGAGAAGGAAUGCUGAGAAGAAGAAAAACUAGACCUCAGGCUUCUCUGACAGCCACUCACAGUAGCACAUUAGCGGAGGAAAUAGUUGCACUGUUGCGAACCCUUCACUCACUGAAUCAGUGGAAUGGACUUAUCAAUGAGUACAUCAAUUCUCAGCUUAAUUGUGUUGGUGAGAUCAUGGCAGAUAAGCAGGCAGAGGCAACAGUCUUGGAAGAUUAUUUUCCUGAUUCGGACAAUCCAGAGAUUGGUGGACUGAUGGCAGUAUUGGCUGUGAUUGGUGGAAUAGAUGGACGGCUGCGAUUGGGUGGCCAGGUGAUUCAUGAAGAGCUUGGAGAGGGAACGGUGGCUCGAAUUACUCCUAAGGGAAAAAUUACAGUGCAAUUCCAUGACAUGAGAAUGUAUAGAGUUUGUCCUUUGAGUCAGUUACAGCCGCUCCCAAUGACUGCCUUUAGUGUUAACAGCUUGCCAUUUUCUGACCUAAUGCUGACUGUCUGGGCUCAGCUUGUGAAUCUGGCAGGGAGCAAGCUUGAAAAGCACAGGGUGAAGAAGUCAAGUCAGAGCCUCACGGAUCAAGUGGAUUUAUUUUUGCUAAGGUGUCAGCAGCUGAGACUGUACAUACUUAAGGCAGCUCGAGCUUUACUUGUGCAUCAAGAUAAAUUGAGGCAGAUUCUUUCUCAACCUGCUGUGUUUGAAACAGGAACACUUUCAACAGAGGAUGCAACAGUUACCUCUCCUGACAUUGCUGAUUUUUCACCUGAGGGACCACAACCCCCACUGAUCUUACUGCAGCAACUGCUGAGUGCAGCUACCCAGCCAUCUCCAGUGAAAGCUGUGUUUGAUAGAUCAGAGCUUGAGGCUGCAGCUCUUGCUGUUUGUCAGUUCUUGGCAGUGGAAUCUACACAGCCAUGUAUACCUGUAUUUGAUGAUAGCAGUUCAAGUGAAGCGACAACACCUGUUACAGUGCAGCCUGUGCGGUCAAUAAAACACAAGAAGCGAAAACCUUCUCCCCCGCCACCUUUGCCCAUUGUGGCUCAGCUAAUGGAAAUGGGCUUUGGGCGGAAAAAUAUUGAGUUUGCACUAAAAUCACUUACAGGAAUCUCUGGAAAUGCUACAGGAUUGCCAGGUGUUGAAGCAUUGGUUAGUUGGCUGUUGGAUCAUCCUGAUGUACAGAUCACAGAUCUCUCGGAUACUGAGAGCACUCUAUCGGAGUACUCGGAUGAAGAAAUUCUGGAAGAUGUGGAAGAGGCUGAAGCUGCGUGUGCUAUCAUUGGUUCUCAAGUGACUAUAUCCAAUCCUUGGGCUGCUGUGGUGACUGAAAGCCAAACCUACAAGAAACGUGCAGAUUUCUUGAGUAAUGAUGAUUAUGCUGUGUACAUAAGGGAGAACAUUCAGGUGGGAAUGAUGGUUCGAUGCUGCAGAACUUAUGAAGAGGUUUGCGAGGGAGAUAUGGGCAAAGUAAUUAAAUUGGAUCGAGAUGGGUUGCAUGACCUAAAUGUGCAAUGUGACUGGCAACAAAAAGGUGGCACUUACUGGGUCAGAUAUAUCCAUGUUGAAUUAUUGGGUUUCCCUCCACAGAAUUCUACUUCUCACAUAAAAAUCGCAGAUAAAGUGCGGGUUAAGGCUUCAGUUACAACUCCAAAGUACAAGUGGGGAUCAGUUACCCACAGGAGCGUUGGUGUUGUGAAAGCAUUUAGUGCUAAUGGGAAGGAUGUUAUCGUUGAUUUUCCUCAGCAGUCUCACUGGACUGGGUUGUUGUCUGAAAUGGAGUUAGUACCCAGCAUUCAUCCAGGAGUCACAUGUGAUGGCUGCCAGAUGUUCCCAAUGAAUGGGCCCAGGUUCAAAUGCAGAAACUGUGAUGAUUUUGAUUAUUGUGAAAACUGUUUCAAGACACGGAAACACAAUUCAAGACAUACCUUUGGGAGAAUUAAUGAGCCAGGGCAAUCACCUGUAUUCACUGGGCGUUCAGGAAAGCAGCAAAAGAAGCGAUAUAGCUGUCAGAGAGGAAUGUUGUUAGAUGAUUGGUCAAGAGUUGUGAAGAACUUUGGAGUCUCGUCAUCUGUCAGUCAAGCUUCCCGCCUGAUUGAUGGCUCUGGGCAAUGUUGGCAGUCGUCGGGCUCACAAGGCAAACACUGGAUUCGACUGGAGAUCUUUCCGGAUGUCCUCGUUCAUAGACUAAAGAUGGUUGUAGAUCCUGCUGAUAGUAGUUAUAUGCCGUCUUUAGUUGUGGUCUCUGGAGGGAACUCGUUAGACAAUCUUAUUGAGCUGAAGACAAUCAACAUCACUCCUACUGACACUGUGGUAAUGCUUCUGAAUGAAUGUGUGGAGCAGCACAGAUACAUUGAAAUAGCUAUUAAACAGUGCAGAAGUUCUGGUAUUGAUUGCAAAAUCCAUGGCUUAAGCAUCAUGGGGCGUAUCCGAGCAGAGGAAGAGGAUCUUGCAGCAAAUUUCCCUUUUCUUGCUUCAGAUAAUGAGGAGGAGGAUGAUGAUAAAAGCACUACUGGAAGCCUCGUAAGGAAGAAAGCAUCUGGCUUAGAGUCGACAGCAACAAUUAGAACAAAAGUGUUUGUGUGGGGUCUAAAUGAUAAAGACCAGCUUGGAGGAUUGAAAGGCUCAAAGAUAAAGGUCCCCUCGUUUUCAGAGACAUUGUCAGCUUUAAAUGUCGUACAAGUGGCUGGUGGUUCCAAAAGCCUUUUUGCAGUUACUGCAGAGGGUAAAGUCUAUGCCUGUGGAGAAGCCACAAAUGGAAGACUUGGUCUUGGAAUAUCCAGUGGAACGAUACCCAUUCCUCGACAGAUAUCAGCCCUUAGCAAUUAUGUUGUGAAGAAGGUUGCUGUGCAUUCAGGUGGGCGUCACGCAAUGGCUUUAACUGUUGAUGGAAAGGUAUUUUCCUGGGGCGAAGGAGACGAUGGAAAGCUUGGACACUUCAGCAGAAUGAAUUGUGAUAAACCAAGACUGAUUGAGGCAUUAAAAACCAAACGCAUACGAGAUAUUGCUUGUGGGAGUUCUCACAGUGCUGCUAUAACCUCAAGUGGUGAGCUGUACUCAUGGGGCCUUGGCGAGUAUGGUAGACUUGGACAUGGGGACAACACAACACAGCUGAGACCAAAAUUGGUUAAAGUUCUUCUGGGACACAGAGUCAUCCAGGUAGCGUGUGGUAGUCGGGAUGCACAGACACUAGCACUAACUGAUGAAGGACUGGUAUUUUCAUGGGGAGAUGGUGAUUUUGGAAAGCUGGGACGUGGAGGAAGUGAAGGUUGCAAUGUUCCACAAAACAUUGAAAGACUCAAUGGCCAAGGGGUUUGCCAAAUUGAAUGUGGUGCCCAGUUCUCUCUGGCACUUACAAAGUCUGGUGUGGUGUGGACCUGGGGCAAAGGAGACUACUUCAGACUAGGUCAUGGCACUGAUGUUCAUGUGCGGAAGCCACAGGUGGUGGAAGGUCUGCGGGGGAAAAAGAUCAUUCAUGUGGCUGUAGGUGCAUUGCACUGCCUUGCUGUCUCUGAUACAGGACAAGUUUAUGCUUGGGGUGAUAAUGAUCAUGGCCAGCAAGGAAAUGGAACCACAACUGUCAAUAGGAAACCUACCCUUGUGCAGGGUCUAGAGGGACAAAAGAUCACCCGUGUUGCUUGUGGUUCUUCGCACAGUGUAGCAUGGACAACAGUGGAUGUGGCAACACCUUCAGUGCAUGAGCCAGUCCUGUUCCAAACUGCUAGAGACCCUUUAGGUGCUUCGUACUUGGGUGUUCAGUCAGACAUGGACUCCACCACCAUCAGCAACAAAAUUAGUGGCUUAAACAAUUCAAAACCCAAUCGACCCUCUCUUGCGAAGAUCCUACUCUCAUUGGAUGGGAACCACUCCAAGCAGCAGGCAUUGUCCCAUGUGCUAACAGCUCUGCAGAUCAUGUAUUCUCGGGAUGCUUUGGUGGGAGCUCUGAUGCCAGCCAGCAUGAUUGCACCUGUAGAAUGCACAUCAGCAUCUCCUGUACCACCGGCUGAGUCAUCUACAGCCACCAGUCCAGCUGGUGAGGGUGCUUCAGAAGUGGCAAGUGACAGGGAAGACAGAGUGAGUCCCAAUCCUUGGCAGGACAGGAGAGGAGAGGUUGCACCUUCAGAAGAAGCCCUGACACCAUCGUCUGCAGUGACUCCCUCCACUUCAACAACUUCAGCUCGUCCUUUCAUUCCUGUAACUGAUGAUCCUAGGGCUGCCAGUAUAAUUGCAGAGACCAUGACCAAAACAAAGGAGGAUUCUGAAAGCCAGGCUAAAUCAUCAGGGCCUGAACCACAACACUUGGAUGAAUUCACAAGUCUCCUUAUACCAGAUGACACCCGAGUGAUGGUUGAUUUGUUGAAGUUGGCUGUGUCAAGUCGCGCUGGUGAGAAAGGCAAAGAUGUCUUGUCAGCUGUGCUUUCAGCAAUGGGCACUGCCUAUCCACAGGUGGCAGACAUGUUAUUGGAACUAUGUGUGACUGAAUUAGAAGAUGUGGCAUCGGAUUCUCAAAGUGGGCGCCAUUCUCCUCAGCCAGUGAUAGUGGAAAGUAGUCACCCAUACACUGAUGACACAUCCACGAGUGGAACAGUCAAAAUACCAGGUGCGGAAGGCCUUAGAGUCGAGUUUGAUCGACAGUGUUCCACAGAGCGUCGGCAUGACCCAUUAACCAUCAUGGAUGGUGCCAACAGGAUUGUAUCUGUUAGAUCAGGUCGAGAAUGGUCAGACUGGUCCAGUGAACUGAGAAUUCCUGGAGAUGAGCUAAAGUGGAAGUUUACCAGUGAUGGUUCUGUGAAUGGCUGGGGAUGGCGAUUUACAGUGUACCCCAUAAUGCCUGCUGCAGGUCCUAAAGAUCUUCUAUCAGAUCGUUGUAUAUUGUCAUGCCCAUCAAUGGAUUUAGUUACUUGCCUGUUGGAUUUCCGAUUAAGCUUCGCAUCAAACAGAAGCAUUGUGCCACGUUUAGCUGCCUCUUUGGCAGCUUGUGCUCAGCUAAGUGCUCUUGCUGCCAGUCACAGGAUGUGGGCCUUGCAGAGAUUGCGCAAGCUUUUAACUACAGAGUUUGGCCAGACUAUAAAUAUCAAUCGGCUUCUUGGUGACAGUGAUGGAGAAUCACGAUCUCUGAGCUUUACUGGGACUGCUUUAGCCGCAUUGGUCAAAGGUCUUCCAGAAGCUUUACAACGUCAGUAUGAGUAUGAAGAUCCCAUAGUUAGAGGAGGAAAGCAGCUCCUUCACAGCCCCUUCUUUAAGGUUUUGGUUGCUCUGGCAUGCGAUUUAGAGCUUGAUACUUUGCCUUGCUGUGCUGAAACACACAAGUGGGCAUGGUUUAGAAGAUACUGUACAGCUUUGAGAGUUGCUGUGGCUCUGGAUAAACGAACACCUUUGCCACGACAAUUUCCUGAUGAGGUGGCAAAAAAAAUCCGCGAACUAAUGAUUGAUAAUGAAAGUAUGAAUGUUCUUCAUGAAAGCCAUGAUGUAUUUAGAAGAGAACAAGAUGAACAGCUUGUCCAAUGGAUAAACAGGCGGUCUGAUGAUUGGACCCUUUCUGCUGGUGGGAGUGGAACUAUUUAUGGUUGGGGUCACAACCACAGAGGUCAGCUAGGAGGAAUUGAAGGUGCAAAAGUUAAAAUUCCAACACCAUGUGAAGCAUUGGCAACCUUGAGACCUGUGCAGCUGAUUGGUGGCGAGCAAACAUUAUUUGCAGUAACAGCAGAUGGAAAAUUGUAUGCUACUGGAUAUGGAGCUGGAGGAAGACUGGGGAUUGGAGGGACAGAGUCGGUGUCUAGCCCCACUUUGUUGGAAUCUAUUCAACAUGUCUUUGUAAAGAAGGUGGCAGUGAAUUCAGGGGGCAAGCACUGCCUUGCAUUGUCAUCUGAAGGAGAAGUCUACUCUUGGGGUGAAGCAGAAGAUGGCAAGCUGGGACAUGGCAAUAGGAGUCCUUGUGACCGCCCCCGUGUUAUUGAAUCACUACGUGGUAUAGAAGUGAUCGAUGUUGCUGCUGGAGGCGCACAUAGUGCUUGUGUUACUGCAGCAGGAGAGCUUUACACUUGGGGCAAGGGCAGAUAUGGGAGACUAGGACAUGGGGACAGUGAAGAUCAGUUAAAACCAAAGCUGGUGGAAGCACUACAGGGUUACAGGGUUGUAGACGUUGCAUGUGGGAGUGGAGAUGCUCAGACUCUUUGUCUGACAGAUGAUGACAUUGUCUGGUCCUGGGGAGAUGGAGAUUAUGGAAAACUUGGAAGAGGAGGCAGUGAUGGCUGUAAAGUUCCAAUGAAGAUUGAUUCUCUAACUGGACUUGGGGUGACUAAGGUGGAAUGUGGAUCACAGUUUUCUGUGGCCUUAACCAAGUCUGGAUCUGUUUAUACUUGGGGUAAAGGUGACUACCAUAGGUUGGGUCAUGGUUCUGAUGAUCAUGUCAGGAGACCUCGGCAAGUCCAGGGUUUACAAGGGAAGAAAGUGAUAGCAAUUGCAACUGGGUCUUUGCACUGUGUGUGUUGUACAGAGGAUGGAGAAGUUUACACAUGGGGAGACAAUGACGAAGGGCAGCUUGGAGAUGGAACAACUAAUGCCAUCCAGCGGCCCCGCUUGGUUGCUGCACUACAGGGUAAAAAGAUAAAUCGUGUUGCAUGUGGCUCAGCCCACACCCUGGCAUGGUCUACAAGCAAGCCUGCCAAUGCAGGCAAGCUUCCAUCACAGAUUCCAAUGGAAUACAACUACCUCCAGGAAAUUCCAGUAAUCGCAUUGCGAAAUAGGCUGUUACUACUGCACCAUAUCUCUGAGCUCUUCUGUCCCUGUAUUCCGAUGUUUGAUUUGGAAGGCCGACUCGAUGAAACUGGGCAAGGCCCAUCAGUUGGACUUGACACCUUGCGUGGAAUCUUGAUAUCACAGGGCAAGGAAGCUGCUUUCCGUAAGGUAGUUCAGGCAACAAUGGUACGGGAUCGUCAGCAUGGGCCUGUAGUGGAGCUUAACAGAAUCCAGGUCAAGCGCUCCAGAAGCAAAGGAGGUUUGGCAGGUCCUGAUGGCACAAAGUCUGUUUUUGGUCAGAUGUGUGCAAAGAUGAGCUCUCUCAGCCCUGAUAGCCUGUUGCUCCCCCACCGUGUCUGGAAAGUCAAGUUUGUCGGUGAGUCUGUGGAUGAUUGUGGUGGAGGUUACAGUGAGUCGAUUGCAGAAAUGUGUGAAGAGCUCCAGAAUGGUUUGACGCCAUUGUUGAUUGUUACUCCAAAUGGAAGAGAUGAAUCUGGAGCCAACAGGGACUGCUUUCUGUUAAAUCCAGCAGCCAAAUCGCUGCUUCACAUGAACAUGUUCCGAUUUCUUGGUGUGCUUCUGGGUAUUGCUAUACGUACUGGCAGUCCUUUGAGUCUUAAUUUAGCCGAGCCUGUCUGGAAGCAGCUGGCAGGAAUGAAUCUAACAAUUGCUGACCUGAGUGAGGUUGAUAAAGAUUUUAUUCCUGGGCUCAUGUACAUCAGAGAUAACGAAGCUACAGCUGAGGAAUUUGAGGCUAUGGCUUUGCCCUUCACAGUGCCAAAUGCAAGUGGUCAGGAUAUUCAAUUGAGCUCCAAGCAUUCCCACAUUACAUUGGAGAACAGGGCUGAGUAUGUAAGACUGGCCGUAAACUACAGGCUUCAUGAAUUUGAUGAGCAGGUUGCUGCUGUCCGAGAGGGUAUGGCGAGGGUAGUCCCUGUGCCCCUCCUUUCUCUCUUCACUGGCUAUGAACUGGAAACAAUGGUGUGUGGAAGUCCCGAUAUACCACUUCAUCUUUUGAAGUCCGUAGCCACGUACAAAGGAAUAGAACCAAGUGCUCCAUUAAUUCAGUGGUUCUGGGAGGUGAUGGAAUCCUUCUCCAAUACUGAACGCUCCCUCUUCCUGCGCUUUGUGUGGGGAAGGACCAGGUUGCCGAGGACAAUUGCAGACUUCAGAGGACGUGAUUUUGUUAUUCAGGUGCUGGACAAGUACAAUCCUCCAGAUCACUUCCUUCCAGAAUCGUACACUUGUUUCUUCCUACUGAAGUUGCCCAGAUAUUCGUGUAAGCAGGUGUUAGAAGAAAAGUUGAAAUAUGCUAUCCAUUUCUGCAAAUCAAUUGACACAGAUGAUUAUGCUCGUAUUGCACUGACAGGGGAGCCGGCAGCUGAUGACAGCAGUGACGACUCUGAUAAUGAGGAUGCAGACUCUUUUGCAUCUGAUUCCACACAGGACUACUUAACAGGCCAUUAGGGGAGGAAGAGACUUUUGACAAGAUCAAGCCACAUCUUUUUGAGCAUACCUUUAGGACAGCAACAUCCUUGAAAAAUGCUGCAGAAGUUUCAAUUCUUGUCAAAGAACAACGGUGAAUUCAGAUAGUAGAAUAAUGUGGAAAACUUACAGUUCUCAGAACCACAGCGCACAAGUGAUUAUUUAUUGCUUAUAGUAGCUGACUAAUACUUUUAGAGCAAAUGUGUAAUUUAGAAUAUGGUACUAUAUUCCUCACAAACUCAAUGCAUAAAGUUGGUUUGCUGAGGUUUUACUUUUGUUUCCUGAUGCUGCACAACCAUAGACACAGAAUUAGAUUUAAUACCUUCUCUUUGUGUUUACUGAUUUUUUUUAUUGUCUUUUAGUCGGAAGGUAUUAUAGUGAUAUAAAUUAGUACCCAAGACGAGUCUCCUAAUCCCUUUCAUUCUGAUCGGGUGCAAAAUUGUUUGGGAGCUCGAAAUAAUUGUUGUGUUAUGUGCAUCAUUUUUCCCUGCUGUAUAUCAAGAUAAUGUGCAACCACUGAAUAGUAUUAUAAAUACUAUGUAAGCUGACUUUAUUAGCAGUGUUUGUUUAUAUGACAGUGAACAUUUUGAAUGUUGUAUCAUUUAAAGUUCAAUAUUCUUAAAAGAAUAACAACACCUUACAAAUUGUUUCACCUCUAUUACUUCUGGUCUUUUCCUGAAGUUUUAAAAAAUCUGUUGACUGCACCGAGCAACUUCACUGUAAGGUAUGAAGACAGCCCUUCUAUUUACAUGUACAUAAUUUGAUAUUGUGCCAUGUAUACACAAAAAAAAUAAAGUAAUUCAUUUCCUUGUGAAUAAAAGAUUGAUUUAAAAGA